AUGACCUUGGAGGAGAUCACUGAUCUAUUUCGGGAGUCAAACAUGUUCCGUCUAUUGGACGCUGAUACUAUACGACGAGCUGUCAACUCGUUUCAGCGACUUGAUAGGGAGGGCCAUAUUACCUACGGCGGUAGCCGUCCUCCCUCUUGCGCCACUACAGACGUCAUGUCUCAGAGCUAUAAUCCGCGAACUUCUUGUACUUGUAAUGGUGAUUUUCCUAUACCGAAAGAACUUGCUACCGAGAAGUUCUUGAGCAAUAGUCAUUGCCUUACCGUUCAAAGUACCCUUAAAUAUCUGCAGGACGUUGUUGAUCGGCCAGACGAAUGCGCCCCAGACCUCUAUACGCCAGAGAAACUACGAAGGGCCGUUCAUGAAUUACUUCUAGCUAAUUCGGAGGAAACCAACAUUGUGGAUACUUGCCUCGGAGUUGGAACCGCCAACAAGAUCCCAAAAAUCCAAGCCCCUGACAGACGGCCACAUCCCCAACACGACCUAGCUCUUCUUACUCAUGGAGAGCUAUAUCCCUCCAUCGAAGGUAUCAAGAUCUGUGCGGAUGCCAGGCAUUAUUUUGUCCUUGGAUGCGCUGUUAACCGCUGCGAUUAUGGUAUCGCCCGUGCGAUUGCAGAUGCAGGAAAUGAUAUCCUCAUUGGAGACUAUUUCGAGGCACUGGACGAAGCAACACUAAGACUCCUCCAACGCAGCGGUGCCGCCGCUCUGGCUUAUCUUAAACUUUGCAGUCUUGCUGGUGGGGUCACUGAAUGGCAAUAUCAGAACUUAGUAGCAUCGAACAUCCACGCUCGCGUGCUGAUGGUAUAUCGAGACCAUGCCAGAGUUCGUCUACCCAAAGGCAUCUGGGGCUCGCGAAUGACCGGUCUACCAGUACAGCGCCAUAUCGACCUCGGCUUAUUCAAUGCGAUCAUGCCAGCUGCAAUAGCUACUGGAGAGGAACUGACUGAGAUGGAGUUCAUGGAUCUUGUUUCGGCUUGCACGCUAGUCAAUGACUUGUCAGACUUUCGCAGCGAUCUCUUCCGCAACUCGCGAGAGAAUCCGCUCCUGCGGGGUGUCAAAGGCAAUAUCUGCCUGUAUAUAGACGGAUUGAUUGUAAGCUGCCUAGAAGCUGCCACCAAGGCAUUGCAGUCCAGUACACUCAGUGGCAUUGUCGUCAUGGCAUGUUGCAACUGGUCUGUAAUGGGGACGCACCACAAAAUUUACGAGCUGAUAUCAGGGGUCAAACCGGUUCAGAAUUAUCCGCCAUGUGGAUAUGCUUCGGAAGUCGAAUCCAAGUACUACGAUAAUCUUCUUCUGGCAUUGAAACCUUAUGGAUCACUGGGCACAUCAGGUCCGUCUCUAUGGAAAACGCGGGCCGAUAUGGAUAAGACCUACGCCAUCGCGCGGCUUUCUGAGGACACACAUAAAGCGUGGUUAGCAGAUAUCACUCGUGCUUUUCUGGAGCCGAAAUCUCUGAGGAAGAUAGUAGAUGUCGUUCACUUUGAAUGGGUCGGGGCUACGGGAGAUGCGGCUUAUUGCCCCUAG